AUGCCGAUGCCGAGGCUGACCUCGAUCAUCCAUAACAACAUCAAGCCAAUGCUAAGGCAACCCUUCACCAUUCACAGCCAUCUCCACCAUCUCUUGGUAAUCACUCUUCUGUUAUGUGAUAAUGUUUGUACUGCUUCUGCAAAUAAUGAAGUUCUUGCACUAUAUUCAUGGCUUCAUACCUCUCCUUCGUUUUCUUCAUCUUUCUCUGAUUGGAACCCUUCAGACUCAAAUCCAUGUAGUUGGUCUUAUAUCAACUGUUCUUCACAAAACUUUGUCACUGAAGUCACUAUACAGUCUAUUGAGUUGGCUCUUCCCUUUCCUUCCAAUCUUUCUUCGCUUCCUUUUCUCCAGAAGUUCGUUGUUACUAAUGCCAACCUCACUGGGAGUAUCUCACCUGACAUUCAGUAUUGGUCUAAACUGACUGUUAUUGAUGUUAGUUCAAAUAGUCUUGUUGGUGAUAUUCCUUCUGGUGUUGGGAAGCUUCAAAAUCUUCAAGACUUGAUUUUGAACUCCAACCAACUCACUGGACAGAUUCCGAAGGAGUUAGGUGAUUGUAGCAACUUGAAGAAUCUUCUUAUUUUCGAUAACUAUUUAAGUGGGAAUCUUCCUGUGGAGCUGGGAAAAUUGUUGAAGUUGGAAGUUAUACGUGCUGGAGGGAACAAAGACAUUGAAGGAAAAAUCCCAGAUGAGAUUGGAGAUUGCCAGAAUUUGCAGGUUUUGGGUCUUGCUGAUACUAAAAUCUCUGGUUCUAUUCCUACUUCAUUGGGAAAACUAAGCAAGCUUCAGACACUGUCAAUUUAUACUACUAUGCUUUCUGGGGAGAUUCCACCUGAUAUUGGCAACUGCUCAGAACUCAUUGACUUGUUUCUUUAUGAGAAUGAUCUCUCUGGCUCUUUACCACCAGAGUUGGGAAAGCUUCACAAGCUGGAGAAGAUGUUAUUGUGGCAAAACAGUUUUGAUGGGACUAUUCCUGAGGAAAUUGGGAACUGCAGAAGCUUGAUUUCAAUAGAUCUUUCGUUGAAUUCUUUCUCAGGAAGCAUACCAUGGUCUUUUGGAAACCUCUCCAAUCUUGAAGAGCUUAUGCUUAGUAGUAAUAAUAUCUCUGGUUCAAUCCCAUCAGCUCUUUCCAAUGCUACUAGACUCUUGCAGUUGCAGAUUGAUUCCAAUCAGAUAUCAGGGACCAUUCCUGCCGAGCUUGGACUUUUGACUCAGCUCUUAGUAUUUUUUGCUUGGCAGAACAAACUUGAAGGAAGCAUUCCAUCAACAUUAGCUGAUUGCAUGAACCUUGAAGCUGUUGACUUGUCACACAAUGAGCUCACUAGUAGCUUACCUCCUGGCCUUUUUGAGCUUCGGAAUUUAACAAAGCUGCUUCUCAUCUCUAAUCACAUUUCUGGUUCCAUCCCUCCUGAGAUUGGUAAAUGUACUUCUCUUAUUCGACUCAGGCUUUCUGAUAACAGAAUCAAUGGAGAAAUCCCAAGAGAAAUUGGGUUCCUGAGCAACCUCAGUUUUCUUGACUUGUCUGAAAACCGUCUUUCUGGAUCAGUGCCUGCUGAGAUUGGUAACUGCAGUAAUCUCCAGUUGCUUAACCUAAGCAACAACACCAUCAGAGGUAAUUUGCCAAGCUCUUUAUCUUCUCUUACCAGGCUCCAAGUAUUGGAUAUUUCAGUCAAUAAGUUAGUAGGACAAGUUCCUGAUAAUUAUGGUAGACUUGUCUCACUCAAUAGGCUUAUUCUUAGUCUAAACUCCUUGUCUGGUUCAAUCCCAUCUUCUCUUGGCCACUGUUCCAGCCUUCAAUUUCUUGAUUUUAGUAGUAACCACCUCUCUGGAAAAAUUCCAAUAGAACUUUUCGACAUACAAUCUCUUGAAAUUGCUCUGAACUUGAGUUUUAAUGAUCUUUCUGGGAUAAUCCCACCACAAAUAUCUUCUCUCAACAAACUAUCAGUACUAGAUAUUUCACACAACAAAUUCGAAGGUGAGGUGAUGGUACUUUCCGGGCUAGAAAAUCUUGUUUCUUUAAACAUAUCAUACAACAACUUCACCGGAUAUCUCCCAGAUAGCAAGCUCUUUCGACAAUUGUCAACAACAGACAUUGCUGGAAAUGAAGGACUGUGCUCAAAUGGCGGCGACUCAUGUUUCAUCAGCAUUGGCACACCAAUGGGUGAGCGGGCCAGCAGCAGUUUCAGAAGCCAACACAGACUGAAACUAGCCAUAGCAUUGCUCACAACAUUGACAGUAGCACUAGCCGCUUUCGGCGCUUUUGCUAUUUUUCGAGCACGAAAAAUGAUGAGCGAGGACAACGAUUCUGAGAUGGGGAGCGAGUCAUGGCCUUGGCAAUUCAGCCCAUUCCAGAAGCUGAACUUCACAGUCGAACAAGUUCUAAAGUGUCUGGUGGAAGAGAAUGUGAUCGGAAAAGGGUGUUCUGGGGUUGUUUAUAGAGCAGAAACAGACAAUGGAGAAGUCAUCGCAGUAAAGAAGCUAUGGCCAACGGCAGUGGCUGCCGGAUACGACUGUCAAUACGAUAGAGUUGGAAUUAAUGGAGGAGUUCGCGAUUCCUUUUCGGCCGAGGUGAAGACCCUUGGCUCGAUUCGCCAUAAGAACAUUGUGAGGUUCUUAGGUUGCUGCUGGAACCGCAAAACAAGAUUACUCAUGUAUGAUUACAUGCCUAAUGGAAGCUUAGGCAGUCUUCUCCAUGAACGAACUGGAGGCUGCAGCUUGGAAUGGGAGCUUAGAUAUCGAAUAGUACUCGGUGCAGCUCAAGGUUUAGCUUAUCUCCACCAUGAUUGUGUUCCUCCAAUAGUUCACAGAGACAUCAAGGCCAACAACAUUCUCAUUGGUCCUGAAUUUGAACCUUACAUAGCAGAUUUUGGGCUAGCCAAGCUAGUCAACGAUGCAGAUUACGCCAGGUCUUCUAACACAGUAGCUGGCUCUUAUGGCUACAUUGCACCAGAGUAUGGAUAUAUGAUGAAGAUAACAGAGAAGAGUGAUGUUUAUAGCUAUGGAGUGGUUGUGUUAGAGAUACUAACAGGAAAGCAACCAAUCGAUCCAACAAUACCAGAAGGGCUCCACAUAGUAGAUUGGGUCAAGCAGAGAAGAGGGUCCGAAGUUGAAGUCCUGGAUCCGAGCGUCCGAGCCCGACCCGAAUCAGAGAUUGACGAGAUGUUGCAGACCUUAGGAGUGGCUCUACUGUGCGUGAACCCCACGCCGGACGAUCGGCCGACGAUGAAAGAUGUGGCUGCGAUGCUGAAUGAGAUAAGGCAAGAGAGAGAAGAGUACGUGAAAGUGGAUAUGCUUCUAAAUGGUUUUUCUGCAAAUAAUGAUAACCAUGAUCAUAAACAAGACAUUAAGAUUAAGACUAAGACUACAACUGGUUCUUCUAGUUUCGUAGGUCCAUCGACCAUGGCUACCUUUUCUAGGUCCUCGUCCUCGUUGAUAUACUCUUCUUCGUUCACUGCGAAGUGAUUAUUAGUAAAAUCAAAACAAAAAAAAGUUGUUAUUGUUUUUGGAAUAAGUCAAAUAAUUACAAGUGCUUAAUCCAGUUUGAAUUUAUAUAUUGUGUUUUAAAACCAUUACGUGUAUGUGUAUGUCCAAGUCAAUUAAUUAGAAGUAGUUUUGAUUUUCAUUAGGUGUUGAAUGAAAAUUAAAUUGUGGCCUUUUUUUCAUUUUAUUUAAAAAGUAAGGUACGUUGAGUGUAUUUUUUUUUUUUGCGACAAAAUGAUUUAGUAUUAAUUUUUAGUUGUAUUUGUUGGUCUGAAAUCAUUAAGUGCUACCUGAGACUAAAUUCAACAAGUUAUUGUUCCAAACUUUGGAAUACUUGC